AUGGAGAAACUUGCCCUUCUAACACUCAUUAUUUUCAGUUCUUUGUGCUCUUUAAUCUCUUCAGUGAAUAAUGUACCAGCAAUCUUUACAUUUGGGGACUCCAUUUUCGAUGCCGGAAACAAUCACUUCAACAAGAACUGCACUGCACAGGCUGAUUUCCCUCCUUAUGGUUCAAGUUUUUUUCAUCAUCCCACCGGGAGGUUCACUAAUGGCAGAACGGUUGCAGACUUCAUUUCACAAUUCAUUGGGAUUGAGUUACAAAAGCCAUAUCUGGAAGUGCAUAUUGCAGUCACAAAUGGAAGUAGAAAAGAUUACCCAAAAAAUGGCCUCAACUUUGCCAGUGCUGGCAGUGGUGUUCUGCAGGAAACAAAUAAGGACUGGGGAGUCACAUCUAUCCAAGACCAGUUAAAGCAAUUCAAGGCACUGGUGAAGCAAAACAAGAUCGACAAAACCCUUGUAGAAACCUCUCUUUUUCUAUUCGAGUCAGGCUCCAAUGACAUCUUCAGCUACUUUGCAUCUUUUGGUCCCCCAACACUGAGCCCAGAUGCAUAUGUUCAAGCCAUGUUAACAGAAGUUUCCAAGCUGAUCGAGGAGAUUUACAGCCUUGGUGCUCGCCGCAUUGCGCUGUUUUCGCUCGGACCCGUUGGCUGUGUCCCUGCCAGGGCACUCUUGCCUGACGCGCCAGUUGAAAGUUGCUACGGGGAGAUGAAUGUGAUGGCUGAGAGUUACAAUAAGGGAUUGGAGAGUCUAGUGAAUGAUGUCGCCAGAAAAUACCCAGGUGGAGUUGCUGUUUAUGGAGAUGUUUAUGACCUUGUUCAGCGAUUUAGAGCCAUUCCUUCACGCUAUGGUUUUUCUGAUGUUUCAACUGCAUGUUGUGGAAAUGGGACUCUUGGAGGAUUGCUGCAAUGUGGGGAAAAAGGCUACAAAAUCUGUAACAAUCCUAAAGCAUUCCUGUUCUGGGAUUAUUUCCACCCAACAGAACACGCUUACAAGAUCAUUUCCAAGGCCUUGUGGGCAGGAAAGAGUUCAAGCAUCAGGCCAGUGAACUUGAAGACUCUAGUCAACAUUACCUUUAGUCAAGUUUGA